AUGGAACUGCUGAUAGUUGUACAGCUUGUGAUCCAACUUGUGCUACUUGCUCAGGAUAAGCCUACUUGUUUAACUUGUAAAUCUCACGCUACAGUAUCAAGCAGUGUUUGCACAUGUGACUCAGGAUAUUACGGAACUGCUGAUAGUUGCACAGCUUGUGAUGCAACUUGUGCCACGUGCUCAGGAUCAGCCACUACUUGUGUAACCUGUAAAUCUCACGCAACAGUAGCAAGCAACGUUUGUUCAUGCGACUCAGGAUAUUAUGGAACUGCUGAUAGCUGCAAAGCUUGCGAUUCAACUUGUGCUACUUGCUCAGGAUCAGGCAGCUCAGCAUGUGUAACCUGUAAAGACGCAUCAAAUAUGAAUUUAUCAGGAGGCACUUGUACAUGCAAGACUGGCUACUUUGAUUCUGCGACUUCUACAUGCGUAACAAGCUGCGAUUCAACAUGCGCUACAUGCUCUGGAAGCACAACUAAUUGUGAGGCAUGCAAAGAUUCAACUCAUAUGAGUGGGACAUUGCCAGGACCAUUCAGCUGUAAUGCAGGAUAUUAUUGGGACUCUUCAAAAUCUACUACUAUUUGCCAAACAUGUGACUCAACUUGUGUUACUUGCUCUGGAUCUGGUAGUUCUAAAUGCAAUAGUUGCAAAGACAAUAUGAGUCUUUCAGCCACUCCAGGAACUUGCACAUGUAAAGACGGGUUUAGCUGGGAUGCAGCAUCGAAAUCAUGCAAGUGCUCAAUCUCCGGCUGUGCUACAUGCUCAACAACCACAUAUGGUAAUUGUGAUGCUUGCCAAUCUGGAUUUAAACUGAGUUCCGAUUCAAAAUCUUGUGCUUGCUCAAUAACUAACUGUAAAACUUGCUCAACAACUACUUAUGGAACUUGUCAAGAGUGUCAGAGCGGAUUUAGUUGGGAUGCUACAUCACAAACUUGCAAAUGUUCAGUAUCUCUAUGCGAUACAUGCUCUACUACUACUUAUGGAACUUGUGAUAAAUGCAAAGAAAAUGCUGCCUUGGCUACAGGAGCUUGCAUUUGCUCAUCUAAUUACUAUAAAGAUGCAGACAGCUGCAAAGCAUGCACAAAUCAAUGUAUAACUUGCACUACUGCUACAAAAUGUAUAGCAUACGUUACAGGUGCCUCUCUAAGUACUACUGAUAGCACUUGCUCAUGCAAUAACGGAUAUUAUGCUUCAAGCGGGAAAUGUAUUGCAUGCCCAACUUCUUGCUCUAAUGUACUUCAGCUACAGCUUGCACAGGGUGUAAAGCCAAUGCAGGACUUUCCAAUGGUCUUUGUGCUUGCAAAUCUGGCUUGUAUUUGAACUCUACAAAUGACUGUAUUGCUACAUGCAAUAACCUUUGUACUGCUUGUGAUUGAUGCAAAUGAUGGUAAGAAGUGCUCUACAUGUAUUACUAAUGCUGAACUAACUGGAACAACUUGCGCAUGCACUGUUAAUUCAGCAUAUGACUUGACAUCCAACAGCUGUCUUUGCGGCUCAGGCUAUACUUUGUCAAAUAGCAAAUGCGUUGUUUGCAAGAAAUAUCUUUCUCCUUCUGAUGUGAUUAGCGCAGCUUAUAGUUCAUCAUAUACAUCUAUCACUAUAGUCCCUCUGAAAAUUUUCUCCCAUACCUAGCAUAUAUAGAAAUAUUUUAUGUGAAAUGACAUUUUUCUUAAACACCUAAGGUUCCAGUGGAUAUCACAGUUGAUCCAACAUGCUCCAAGACGCUGAUUUAUGAUUCUUUCCAAAAAAUGGGAAGUGGCCUAGUUUGCUCUUGGACUGAUUCAAAGAAUUUGAAAAUUUCCUUAAUCCUCUUUCUUUAAUCACCAUUAGAAAGAGUAAAAUUUAAAUUAUUUAUAUCUCAUAAUUAACAAUUAUUCUAAUGGCUUUUAUUUAGCCUGCAAAUUUGCUAUUUAUUACUUUUUUAAUGCAAUUUAUUAUUAAAUUUCUAUUAAUUUUAUGUUAUUUAAUUCAUAGAGUUAGGCUCAGGAUUCUCAAUUAGAAGCGCCUUUAUUGAUUUGGAUGGGACAUAUAUUCUUAAGGAUACCAAAGACACAUGCACAACUAACUAUCAACCAUUAAGUGCUACAGUAUCAAUGGGAACUAACAUAAAUCCAACAGCUAAGCUAUCAGGCCCAUCAUCUGUUUCCCUUGGAUGCGGUUCUGACCCAAUUUCAUAUUCAGCUGGUAAGUCUUCUGGAUCAUUUGGAGGCAAUCUUACCUACACAUGCAGUGCUACUAUGUCUCCUGCUCUUUCAAGUUUGACUUCUUAUAUUGCAUCUACGAAAGCAUCAUCGUCAACUGUUUCGAUUGAUAGAAGCUUGCUAACCUCAAUAUCUUCUGCGGCAACCUUGACAGUAACUGUAAAAGUCAAGAAUUGGUUGAGUGAUGAGACAAGCUCAGCAUCGGUAACCACAUCGAUUUCAACUCAGCAAUCGUUAUCCGUUUCAUUUGACGCAGGAACUUCAAUUUUGAUGAAAGCUUCUGAUAGCAAAGAUGUUAAGGCUAAAGUCACAUCUGUUUGUGGAGGAUCAACCAGUGCAAUUUCUUGGAAAUGGUCUUAUGUUUCAACACCAGAUAACAGUAAAGCAUCUUCUCUUGCUGCAAGCACUACAACUCAAAAAUUGUCAAUUUCUAACUCCCACCUCCGUGGGUGAGCAAAAUCAUUGGAAAAAUCGCUAUUUUUGCCCAAAAACCCACCCUCCGCGAGUGAACAAAAAUUUUUGUAAUGAAAAUGUUUUUAUGAAAAAAUUUUUGAUAUAUAAGUGAUAAUUACUAUAAUGAAAUCUAAAGCUAAGUCUGUUUAAUUUUAAACAAAUUGCGUUUUAAAACAUAAAUUUAAUAAAUUAAAUUAAUAUUUGCUUUCCAAUAUUUGCGAAUUAGUAUUUUUUUAAAUUUCUAAAACAAUUUUUCUAUAUAAAUUUUUUUAAUAAAAAAAAAUUAACCUCCGUGAGUGAACAAAAUUUUUUUUGUUCACUCACGGAGGGGGGGAGUAAGAGCAUGUUUACUGCUGGUGGUCCUUAUUCGUUUACGGCAACUGCUUCUCAAGACUUAGUUUAAUUAGUUAUUAGAGGUUUCUAUCUUAGCAGCAAUCUCCUAAUGCCAACUCAGCCUUUGAAUGCAAUUUAGAAAUAAGUAUGCCUGGCUAUUAACAUUUGCUUGAGAACAUGCACACAGGAGAGACCAGUAUAUUCACUAUAAUGAUGAGUCCAAAUUAAAACAAAAAAAAUGGUUUUGUAAGCAGGAGAGUUCAAAUUAAAAGGAGCUUACCAAUUAUGAGAAGAAAUUUUUAAUAGUUAAUUCUCAAGAUAAUGAUGGAACUACAGUUACUGGAAGCGCUACAGUGUCGAUUACAGUUACAUCAUCUCCUUUGUAUAUUGAGUUGUCAAAAGGAAAUGGACAAAUUUCAUCAUCAAAGGACUACACCAUCAAUGCUAAUAAGUCUAAAGACCCAGAUGACUCUACAACAUCUCUUAUUUAUGCUUGGACAUGUGCUAAUCAUGAAGAUGGAUCAGAAUGCGCUGGCGCAGACAAUGCAGUCUUGCUAACUUGCACGUCUAAUAAAAUAAAGUGAUAUGCAAUAAACAUAUUUUUAAAUUAUUUCCUUAAAACAAGACAUAUUUAAAUAAUUGCUUUAAAUAAAAGAUUUCGAUCAAAUUAAAAGGGUAAGCAACGAAAUAAAGAGCGAGCUCACUAUUCCUUCUGCAAGAAUUGUAAAGGGUGCGAAUUGGGAUAUAACUUGCACAAUUUCAAAAGACACUAGAACUGCAAGUUUAGCCAUAACUCUCACUGUCCUAAAUGUUGCCACAGCUAGUUCAAUUGAAAUCCCAGCCAUUGCUACGAAAGCUAACAGUCAGAGUAAGAAUAAAUACUCAGCUAGUGUUUCUUCAAGUGCUGAUUCGAAAUUUGAGUGGUCGCAGAAAUCUGGAUCGUCAAUUGAUAUAUCACCAAAUAAUCUCCCAACUCUUUCAAUUCCUUCAGGAUCAAUGGCUGAUGGGAUGACAUAUGUUUUCACUUUAAAGAUUACAGACUCUAGCGGUGUGAGCUUAAGUGUUGACUUAUCCAUCUCAGUUAACUUAGGUGCAUCCUGUCAAGCUGAUCCCGAUAUAUCUCCAUCGAGCGGAAUGACCUUGAUUGAUACAUUUUUAAUUUCUAUAACUAGAUAUAUAAAUCUUAAUAACAAAAACUAUCCACUUCUCUACACAUACAAGUAUUAUCUGAACAACUCAGACACAAAAUACACUAUUGGGUCUACAACUGAAGAAAAUCAAAUUUCAACUAAGUUGUCUAUAGGUGAUCAAUAUGUUUCAGCUCAUGUUUGUGAUCAGCUUGAUACUUGUAAUGACUACUCAUCUAAAGUGGUUUCAGUAAGCAAAUAUUCUCCUUCAAGGGGUCUCGAUACUAGUUCAUUAAUGGAUGCUUAUAUGUCAAUGACUCUUGAUCCAGAUAAUAUUUCUUCUUCUAUUACUUUGUUCUGCUCCAGCGCUACUAUUGAUAGUUCUUUGUUCACAAAGAUGUGAAGUGACUUACAAUCUUAUAUUAAAAGUCAAAAUGACAUGACGACGACACUAUUACAAUCUAUUCUAAAAUCUGCUUACUCAAUGACAGGACAAACUGAUUUAAUGAGCAUUAGCAUCUAUGAUAAGAUAAUCACUUGGCUUAAUAGUAUUUUGACUACCUUCAGCACACUCUAUCCAAGCCAAGAUAAUAUGAACACAGUUGUUAUGAUAGGUGAGAGCUACUUGAAAUAUGGAAACAGCACCAGUUUCUCAGAUUUGACCUUUGAAAAAUCCGUAUUGUACAUCAACAGCUUUUAUCUUACUUGGGCAGCUAAAGCUACCUAUGAAGACUUAGUAACUCAAUCUUCACUAAGCGGAAAGCAAAAUACUGAUAAUACUAUGAUUUAUAAAGAAAGAAACUUCAAAGCGGAUAUGGAAAAUACAACUAAGACAUACGCAAACAAUAGAGUUCUUACUUAUCCAAGUACUCUUGAAUUUGAUGAGGAGAGUAUUAUGAACAUGAGAGCCAAUUUCUACAUAGGGUACACAGAUGAUGUCUUUUCUGAUAUUGCUUUAUUCAGCUUUGGAAAUUCAGGUACAUACAAAGAUUAUACUCUCACUCAAGCAGAUGAAACAGAAGUUCCAUUCUCCUCUUCAGACUAUCCAUUCCUCAUUGAACAGCCUUUCUACAAGAAUGUUUCUGAAGGCAUGGUAUGGGGUUGCCAAUAUUACAAUGAUACGCUCGGAAACUGGACUGAUUCAAGUUGUAAGGUAGCAGAAAUAAAUAAUACUAACUCCCCCCCCUCCGUGAGUGAACAAAAAAAUUUUGUUCACUCACGGAGGGGUUAAUUUUUUUUUUUUAAAAAAAUUUAUAUAUAAAUUUUAUAAUUUUUUUUCGAAAUUUAAAAAAAUCCUAAUUCACAAAAAUUAAAAAGCAAAUAUUAAUUUAAUUUAUAAAAUUUAUAUUUUAAAAAACAACUCAUUUAAAAUUAAACAGAAGUAGCUCUAGAUUUCAUUAUACUAGUUAUCAUUUAUAUAUCAAAAUUUUUUUUUCCAUAAAGAUCUUUCCUAUUAAAAAAAAUUUUUGUUCACUCACGGAGGGUGGGUUUUUUGGCAAAAAAUAGCGAUUUUUCUAAUGGUUUUGUUCACUCACGGAGGGGGGGGAGUAAACACAAACGAUUACUUUCAAAGUCUACCACUUCUCAAUGUACAGAUUCACUGAGAUUAACCCAAGUGACAAUCCUCCUAUAUAUUUCCCAAGAGCAAGCUCGAGCUGUGACGAUAGCUAUGCUCCAAUCUACAUUCUUCUUGUUACUUUGUUCAUUGGCUUGAUACUUGCUCCGAUCAUGGUCAUUAUUGACAGAAUUAGCCAUCCUCAACUUACUGAAGCUCAAGCAAAGAAUGCAUCUCAUAACUCAUCAUCUCAUUCUCCAAUACCAUCUGAGAGAACGCUAAUGCGCCAUGACAUAAGUAUCCAUGCAUCUCAAGGAGAAGAGUCUGUCCAAAGUGGAGAGUCUCGUAGUUCAGAUGACGAAGUCGUAGAAUCUCAAGAAAUUCAUUUAACAGAAAACUCGAUUGCCCAGCAAGUUGCAGGUCCAACUGACGGCGAGAAACCUGAGGAUGAAGGAAAGUAUGAGCUUGAAGAAUUAAUUGAAGGACAUUUAACUUUUGGAUUAUUCUAUUAUAGAUCAUCAUUUACUAGGAUUGCAAGAUUAUUCACUUUGAUCGUAGUUAUCAUCUUUGAAUUGCUACUUGAAGGACUGCUCUACUUUGGAUUUGAAGAUAUUAAAUCAGGAAAUGAAACAGCAACUCAGACGCUAUUUGAUGACUAUGAAGGAAACUACUUCGGAUGCAUGAUCUUGGCUUUGGCAAUUACAAUCCCAAUUGAAAUUUUCAUGAUAGUUGCAUUUAGCAUUGAUAGAACUAAGGCUCCACAAUGGUCAGCAGCUGCAGUGACUCUCGGAGUUGCUAUUCUUAUUGGCUCCAUUGUUGGUAUUGUGAUGCUAAGCUAUGAUUUCUGUCAUAAAUGGAGUGGAUACUGGGCUGUGAGCUUCUUACGCGGAGUCUUAAUCGAGAUCUUUAUUAUGCAAACAAUCUACAUGAUUGUCAGAUACUUCAUUAUACAAGCUUUUCCUCCAGUUGAAGAAUCCAAAUCUAAGGCUUAA